UCCUGAAGUAGGGGGAUGUGGCGGACACCGGCUUGCCUACGAACACGGAACUUAAAAUGCCCUUCGCUCGAAAACCCGAAAUGUCCCGCCCAUAAGGACGCUGCUCCAAUCCGCUUCCUCUCAUGGGCGUGACCUACGUAUCGGGCCAAUCGCAGGAGCUUGCGCUUCGAGAACGUGCCUAUUGAUUGGAUUUGUCCGGGGCUCGUUACCCCGAAUCGAAUGUAACACGGAGACCGAUGUUGAGUGCAAAUUAGGGGCUUUGGGUAGCAUUUAAUGGUAAAUCCUACGAAGUAAAAUUGGAAGUUGCGUCUGCUUUUAGUUUCCCCCCAAUAUGUAGUGUUGGAUGAGAUUACUGUAGUGAGAAAUAUCCGCGGAGAAUUAGAGUAUAAGGGAGCGAGUGGAGAGCAGACAUUGGGCGUGUAGUUCGGGACGUUGAUCGAGACGCGUCUGUAGUUAUAUGUUUAUUAGCAGCUUGUUUGCAAGUGCUUAGCGUGCUCUGGUGCCUGGGAAAAUUAACUCCCGUUUGGAUAACGAAAUGCGGGUUUUUAUGUCUAUGCAUUGUCCGCCAGCAGUUGAUUGUAGUUAAGUUGCACUGAUUUCUGGAGUCGUUCGUCCACUUUGUUUAAGUUCCCCUGCGCGCCUGUCGUGCCAUUUAAUGGUUAACAGAACAAAGUGUGCCUGAUGUUAUAGUUCACUUACUAUCCAGAAAGCUGUAGCUGACAAGAUUUCGUUUUUUUUUUUUUUUUUUUACUUUGAGAGUAAACAAUAGCGGGAGCGCCAUUCGCCACCUCUGCGGAAGAGGAAGGACGCGUCGGUGUCCCGGGCCAGCAUUCAGCCGGCGUGACCGUGGCAGCUGUUGGGCGUGUAGAUAUUAAAAUGGGAGACUGCAGGUAGUGUUUCAUAGUAAACUUGCUGGAUCGUCUAGUGUGUAGGAAGAUCACGGGGAAAUCUACUGUUUUCAGGUGCGAUUUGACUCUUGGGCGCGCUGUAAAAUGAUGGGCUUCAGUGCCAACCGCAGGGGGGGUCGCCUCCCGUCCUUCGUCAUGAUCGCGCUGGUCAUCCUCGUCCUCUUCAUUUCGUUCAACUACUGGGACGUGUCAAGACAGCGCGGCCGCCUGCUGGAAGAACUGGCGGAGGCGCAGGCGCAGGUGAAGCGCACGGACUCGGCGCGCAGCCGGCUGGAGAAGCGCAACUCGGAGCUGAUAGUGCAGGUGGAGGGGCACCGAAAGGAGAUCGAUCAGAAGGAGGGCGACCACAACACGCUGCGUAAUAGCCUGCAGGCCGUGGAGGUGCAGUUCAAGAGAUGUAAUGACGAGAAGAUGAAAAUUCAGAGCGACUCUCUCUCACAAUUAUCAGAGAUCCAGCGGCUUAAAGAGCAGCUCAAGGAGCUGAAGCAGGAAUAUAUGAAGCAGGAGGGUCUGCUGCAGGAGCUGAAGAAGAACAGGACCUCCAUGGACAAGAAGCUGGAGUUUGAGAGUUUGCAGUGCAAGCAGAAAAUCAACCAGCUGAAUGGCGAGCAUUUGGAGAAGCAGAGGACCCUGGAGGAGGAGGUCUUUCGGUUGAGAAAGAACCCGCCUCAAAAUCGAGCCAUGGAAACCGCACACAAGGCAGACAGAGACAUCCCCAAGCUGACUGUGCACCACCCAGACGUCCCUGACGCUAAAGAGCUCGGCAAGCUCGCUGCCGGCGCUGAUCUGCCAGGCCUGGAGGACGGCGACUUGGGAAAAGUGCAAGAGGCCCCGUUUGCACUGCGGAAGCCGGCCAUCACGCGGAAGCAGGCGCAGCACGCGGGCGACGGGCCAGCGAAGGAGCAGGACCAUGCUGAGCCUUUGGGGGGCGCAGUGUUACCCUUAAAACCCGAGACGAAGAUGGAGGGACUGGCUGCAGGGGCCGGCAAUGGACACAGAGAUGUGCCCCAAGACCAAGGAGCCGUGGAGGGCGGGCAUGCAGACGGCCGAGCAGGACAGCAGGGACAGCUGCCUGCUCCAGAUAGAGUGAAGGUUGAUGACAAGAGAGAGGACCUCCAGGUGGCCCCCAACCCGGCCCAAGUCCUGGCCAAGCCAAUGGAGAAUGAGCCAGCCAGGAUCCCCCAUCCCAUGCAGAUCCAGAAUGAAGGCCAGCAUGUUGCAGAAGGCAGACGACACCAAGCUGUGGACAUGCUGUGAACUGCAGCCAGAAGCCAGAGACUUCGGACAUGGAGUAAGCUCACUUACUUGGUUUCAGGAACCGGAAUUCCAAGCAGUAAAGAUUCUGUGCCAAUUCAUGGUCUCCAGUGACUCUCAGAAACCCUCCUUAGUAACAGAUAAUGAAGAUGAAACAGAUGGAUCCUUUUAAUUAUUUUUUUAUGAAUGGACUUCUUCCCAAAAAGUGUUUUUCUGAUAAAGGACUCUUGCUGUUGACUCCUCUGCUGUUUGAGCUGUAGCCGGUGGUGCGUGUACAAUGUCAGCUGAAGGGGCAGGAGCGCUGAGAGAUCCCAGGGAGGUGGGUAUCAUGCCACCUAUAGUCCAACUAGGACUAGGUUUAGGGCAGUGUUUCCCUGUCCGGUCCUCCGGAACCCACAGACAGUCCACGUUUUUGCUCCCUCCCCUGGUAGGGAGCUGGAAGGGAGCAAAAACAUGGACUGUCUGUGGGUUCCCCGAGGAAAGGACUGGGAAACACUGGGUUAGGUAAGGUGUUUUUUUUUCGUUUGUUUUGCUAUGGUAUUGGUCAUUUUGGGUACAUAAGGAAACAUGGACACUUAACUGGUAUAAGAAAAAAUACAUAUGUUUCUCCGGUCUAUUCUAUACAGACAUGUCCAGAAGACCUUGCUACUGCUGUUUUGAACCAAAUUCUCAUAUGCUACUCUUUGUUAUAGGACAAAAACCUUUUGAUUGACACAUUUUCACUCAAGGGCUCAAAACCCCAAAUUAUUUUGCUGUUAGCUUUUGGUUCAGCAGCAGAUUUUGCAAACACUUUCUUGUACAGGACUUGUUAAAGGUCUCCUUUCUGAGUGUUAUUUUAAGAUGUAAUCCAGUUGCGCUCAUUGAAUAGGAAGAGCACUUCGGAAAUCGUGUAACAAAUCAGUAGGUUUCCCCAGAGAAUUCUAAAGUAUUUUGGAAGGCCUGUUUGGGGGAGGUGAAGCUGGGUCUUCAUAAGCAUCUUCAGGCUUUGACACGCAGCCGUUACUUUCACCUUGGCCUGAGGGCCGUUGUAUGGAUGUCUAUGGCGCUAUACACCCUCAAUGUCUCAUGCUUGUUCAUUAAAGGAAGAAUCCAGUGA